AUGGUUCGUUUCGUGACGGCCCUCCUGGCCCUGUCCGCAACCGCCUGGGCAACCACCACGUGCAGCUCUAGCAGCCAAUGCCCCGAGGACAAGCCCUGCUGUUCCCAAUAUGGCGAGUGCGGUACCGGUGCAUACUGCCUCGGCGGUUGCGACAUCCAGUCCUCCUACUCCAUCGAGUCCUGCGCUCCCAUGCCCGUCUGUGAAAACAAAAGCUACACCUGGGACAACCUGGACAACUCCGUCCUGAACACCAAGUACCUCGGCAAUGCCAGCGCCGCCGACUGGACCUACAGCGGAUACCCCAAGAUCGAGAACAACAGCCUACUCAUGACCAUGCCCAAGGAAUCUGUCGGAACCCUCUUCGCCAACAAUCACUACAUCUGGUACGGCAAGGUCUCUGGUAAGAUCAAGUCCAGCCGUGGCAAGGGUGUCGUGACCGCUUUUAUCCUGCUGUCGGAUGUCAAGGACGAGAUCGAUUACGAGUGGGUUGGUGCCGACCUGACUGCCGUGCAGACCAACUACUACUGGCAGGGUGUUCUUGACUGGCACAACAGCGCCAACGCCUCCGUGAGCGGCGAGGAUACCUUCGACGACUGGCACACCUACGAGAUCGACUGGCAACCCGACCAGCUGCAAUGGAUCAUCGAUGGCACCGUCAUGCGCACCCUCCAGAAGUCCGAUACCUACAACUCUACCUCCAAGCAAUACCAAUACCCCCAGACCCCCGCCCGUCUGCAGAUGUCUCUCUGGCCCGCCGGUCAGUCCACCAACGCCGCCGGUACCAUCGCCUGGGCUGGUGGUGAGAUUGAUUGGGACAGCGAGGACAUCCAGGAUACCGGUUACUACUACGCGACCAUCGGUCAGGUUGAUGUUACCUGCUACUCCACCCCCGACGGCAUCACCACCACCGGUAACAACUCCUACGUCUACACUUCCAGCAGCGCCAUGGAGACCGAUGUCGAGGUUACCGGUAACUCUACCGUUCUGGGCUCCUUGGGUGCUACCGGUCUGGACAUGACCCUCGGUGCUAGCUCAAGCUCCUCCACCGGUACCAGCACUAGCAACAGCACUGACAGCGUCCCCACUAGCUCCAGUGGCUCUGGAGGCUCCGCUCAGGAGGGAUCCAGUGCUGAGAGCUCCUCGUCUGACUCCGACACCACGGCUACUACUACAUCCACCUCCUUCAGCCAGGGUACUACCAGCACCGGUGCUGCCAGCGGAAACGAGCGUGUUCUGCACGGCUCAAUCUUUGCUGUUCUAGUUGCCGUCAUGGCUCUGGUGACAGUAUGA